CCAUAGAGUUUCCCAGGCUGUAAUCUUUACGAGAACAGAUCACCAGGUCAUUUCUCAUCUGUAAAGGCAGAUUCCUUAAAUAGAAUCCUCCACUGGUUAACAUCUUCACUUUUUUCUUUGUAGGAUACACGCCUAUUGAAAUCAGUAAUUGUAGCUUGCAGAGUGGUAUAUUGGAAUGUUUUUGACUGAAGUAACAGAACACUCAAACAGUGAGUGCUUUAUCAUCUCACAUAACCAGAAGUCUGGACAUAGGUGGUUUCAGGAGAUGUGGGACAUGUGGAUUUGGGAUAUGAAUUCAUUUGAAAAACCACUUUGGGGCUAUGAACGUGAUUUCUGAUGAAACUGGAUUGGAAUAAUUUUCAUGAUAUUUGUAUAUUUAUACAUAUAUAUAUAUUUUAAAAUUUUGCAUUUGACUUAAAGUGCCAUGAGAAAAUUUGCAUAUUGCAAGGUGGUCCUAGCCACCUCCUUGAUUUGGGUACUCUUGGACAUGUUCCUGCUGCUUUACUUCAGUGAAUGCAACAAAUGUGAUGAAAAAAAGGAGAGAGGACUUCCUGCUGGGGAUGUUCUAGAGCCAGUACAAAAGCCUCAUGAAGGUCCUGGAGAAAUGGGGAAACCAGUCGUCAUUCCUAAAGAGGAUCAAGAAAAGAUGAAAGAGAUGUUUAAAAUCAAUCAGUUCAAUUUAAUGGCAAGUGAGAUGAUUGCACUCAACAGAUCUUUACCAGAUGUUAGGUUAGAAGGGUGUAAAACAAAGGUGUAUCCAGAUACUCUUCCUACAACAAGUGUGGUGAUUGUUUUCCACAAUGAGGCUUGGAGCACACUUCUGCGGACUGUCCAUAGUGUCAUUAAUCGCUCACCACGACACAUGGUAGAAGAAAUUGUUUUGGUAGAUGAUGCCAGUGAAAGAGACUUUCUGAAAAGACCUUUAGAGAGUUAUGUGAAAAAAUUAAAAGUGCCAGUGCAUGUAAUUCGAAUGGAACAACGUUCUGGAUUGAUCAGAGCUAGAUUAAAAGGAGCUGCUGUGUCUAAAGGCCAAGUGAUCACCUUCUUAGAUGCUCAUUGUGAGUGCACAGUAGGGUGGCUGGAGCCUCUCCUAGCCAGGAUCAAACAUGACAGGAGAACAGUAGUAUGUCCUAUCAUUGAUGUGAUCAGUGAUGAUACCUUUGAGUACAUGGCAGGCUCUGAUAUGACCUAUGGUGGAUUCAACUGGAAGCUGAAUUUUCGCUGGUAUCCUGUUCCCCAAAGAGAAAUGGACAGAAGGAAAGGUGAUCGAACGCUUCCUGUCAGGACACCAACAAUGGCAGGAGGCCUUUUCUCAAUAGACAGAGAUUACUUUCAGGAAAUUGGAACAUACGAUGCUGGAAUGGAUAUUUGGGGAGGAGAAAACCUAGAAAUUUCCUUUAGGAUUUGGCAGUGUGGAGGUACUUUGGAAAUCGUCACGUGCUCACAUGUUGGACACGUGUUUCGGAAAGCUACACCUUACACAUUUCCAGGAGGCACAGGGCAGAUUAUCAAUAAAAAUAACAGACGACUUGCAGAAGUUUGGAUGGAUGAAUUCAAGAAUUUCUUCUAUAUAAUUUCCCCAGGUGUUACAAAGGUGGAUUAUGGAGAUAUAUCAUCAAGGCUUGGUCUAAGACACAAACUGCAAUGCAAACCUUUCUCUUGGUACCUAGAAAAUAUUUAUCCUGAUUCUCAAAUACCACGUCAUUAUUUCUCUCUGGGAGAGAUAAGAAAUGUGGAAACAAAUCAGUGUCUGGAUAACAUGGCUAGGAAGGAGAAUGAAAAAGUUGGAAUUUUUAACUGCCAUGGUAUGGGGGGUAAUCAGGUUUUCUCUUACACUGCCAACAAAGAAAUUAGAACAGAUGACCUUUGUUUGGAUGUUUCCAAACUCAAUGGCCCAGUCACAAUGCUGAAAUGCCACCACCUAAAAGGCAACCAACUUUGGGAGUACGACCCAGUGAAAUUAACCCUGCAGCAUGUGAACAGUAACCAGUGCUUGGAUAAAGCCACGGAAGAGGACAGCCAGGUGCCCAGCAUUAGAGACUGCAACGGAAGCCGGUCACAGCAGUGGCUUCUGCGAAAUGUCACCCUCCCAGAAAUAUUCUGAGACCAAAUUUACAAAAAAAGAAGAAAAAAAAAAUAUAUGGAUUGACUGGGCUACCUCAGCAUACAUUUCUGCCACAUUCUUAAGUAGCAAAAAAGGAAAAGUGCUUUCCUGCUCUGCAGGAUGUAAGGUUUAUCAGCCAUUAAAACUUAGACUCCUCUAGCUUUUCACUAGCUGUGAACCAGCCUUCCUGUCCAAGGACAUGAAACUACGUACUGGUGAGACUGUGCACACUGAUGUUUACAAGAUUGAAAGAGUCUUUCAUGAAGAAUCAUUGUAAGGAAUAUUCAGACAAUAAACAAGAUGUGCUUCCUGGAGAGCUGUACCAUUGACGGUUUGCUUGCACAUCAGUAAUUUCUACUGAAUGUGCUGUCAUUGUGAACAGAUUUCCAAGAUUUUUUUUUUUCCUGAUUAGAACUGGUAGAGCCAGUAUAUGAAAUAUUGAUAUAAAAAUAAAUGAAAAAGAACUGGAACCAGAUUCAGUAUCAUGAAAACAACAUUUUUACAACAAUAAUAAUUAAAAAAACUAUAUUAAACAGGGUUUAAAGAAAAUUAAAUCAGAACUAUAAGAAGUACAAUUUGUUAUAGUAUAGUAUCAAAUUUCUAUAUAGAUUUUAUACCUCAGUGGGGAAAAAUACUGAUUCCAAUGACAUUCAUUUUGUUUUCAUCUGUGAUAGUCAUGGAUGCUUUUUUUUUCCUUGGGGUGCUGAAAUUGAGCUGGAAAAAAAAAGGCUCUUUGAACAUAGAUUUAAUUUCUUUCUACGGUUUUUUAACUUUAUUUGGUUGGUGGGCUGUUGGAAUUGUAAUUUUUAAUUGCCUCUAAAAAUGUCUGGUCUCAACUGAACAGGUUAGGUAUCAGUUGCUCUUGGGUCAACUGGCUUGUCAACUUCUACACACACACAUACACACACAUUCAUUACACUUUCAGCUUCUUAACUAGCAUAUCAGAUUAUGCUUAAUACCCAAGAGUCAUACUGCUGUACUACAAAUUUGUUUUCACAGCAAUAAAUCUUCAGUUCUUUGUUUAUCAUUCUACUCAACAAAAGGCCUGCAGAAGUGAUUAUUUGGGUAUUUGGAGAUGAUAUAUUUGAUGGUUUUUUUGGAAAACCUUUUUCACUGCAUACUCAGAUGUACUUCAUUGUCAAGUACAUAUUUAGAUUAGAUUCUUGAAUUGUAGUGUUGAUCUGCUUUUUUUUUUUUAAUAAAAUUUUAUUGAAAAUGUUUAAUUGGCUUUUUUAUAAUGUUAGCCAAAGAAGUGCAGCUAUUAUUCCAUAUUUCUAGUCCUGCAUUUCUUCCCUAAAUUCAAUUUAGGUUAAAUCACUUUUCUUUUUCUUGAUUCUUUAAUACCACAAAAUAACCUGAAUAUCAAUUGAAAGUUAAUCUUUUAAUCUUAUAGAAAGAAAACCUCAGUGUGACAUUUUUCCUGAUACUUAAAACAGUCCAUUGGCUACAGGGCGUAUGUUAUUCCUUCCUGUUUGUAAGAUUGUAUUUAAUGGUAUUCUUUUCUUUGAUUAUCAAAGGCUUUCACUACAGGCAGUGCUAUUUCUUGUGCCUAAGAAUGUUUCUGAAAGUCACAUCAUUAAUGAUACCUACCAAGUUGAGUGUACAUGAAGUUCCUUAUAUCCUAGUCAGGUUAAUUUUUAAUAUCAAGCACACAUUGAUGCUUUAGGGUGGGGCUGUGAUAAGUGUAUAAACUUUGUCCCCAGGAAAUUUGAAAUGAAGCAGGUGCUAGAUGGAAUUUUUUUUCCUACUCCAUGAGCUAUGUUAGUUCUAUCUUCAGUAGGCCUAAUGCUUGAAUAAACCAUAUGUCUAAUCAAUAAAUUAUUUUCAUGCUCAGAAUUUCAAGUUUUGUACUCUAGUGUAGCUUGGACUUAUUCCUUACUGUAAGACAGCUUAACAGCAAGGUGAUUUGAGGUUUUGUUUUUUAAGCGGGGGAUGGGUGUGGUUUAAUUCUUGGGUACUUUUUAGAAUCUGAUACAUAAUCCCAUUGCCUUUAUUUUUCUAAUUAAAGAGUUCCUAAGUACUUUGAAAAUAUAAGAUAUUCCUGAAUAGUUGUGCCUUACAUUGGUUUUACUUGAAGUUAAAAUGGCUCCCUGCUCAUAAUAACUUUUUGUAAAUCAGGCAGUAUGCUGAUUACUCUAUCAUAAAUCAAAUCGGGAAGAAAAGAACAAAUGAGAAAGAAAGCAAAGAAUGAAAACAUGGGAUUAUCGAUUAUUAUUUAACCAGUGAAGAAUUCAUAAAUCUGGCAAUUAAGGAUAAUUUGAAUCUCACAAAGCUAACCAAGCCUUUUCUUCUUUAGUAGCCCUUAGAACUUGGAAUUUACAGCAUUUUUUUCACCCCACUCCUAUCUCAACCCAUCUUAAUAUGACUGUGUUUCUGUUCCAAUUGACAUUCUUAGAAAGUGGUACUUUGUUCACCCCUCUGCAAAUGAAGGGCACCAAGUAUGCCAUGUCCUCAUUUCUGUUCUACAUGCAGCUGAAAAACAAAGAUUCCUCUCCGUAAGGAUUUGGUACUUUCCUUGGAGUUAAAGUGAUCGUCUUCUAUGAAGUAUCUGCAGAGCAAAGUUAAUUCCAGAGCCACCUGUUCUUCAGAGGAGAAAGAAGUUCAGAAGGUAUUGUUUCUGAGAUGAUAACUAUGGAAAGUGGUAUAUAAACAGUGAGUCACUUUUUACUGUUUGGAAAAUUAGAUGUUUCCAGUCAUAUGACACUUCUCCCAUUCUCCCAUUGCUUGAAGAUUACCAACAAGUGUUUGCCUGAUAAAUUCUGUAAGUGUCAGUAAAUCUACUAAAACUAAUAACGCCGUAGGAUAUGUGGUAAAUGUACAAAACUCAGUUGUGUCUAUACACUAACAGCAAUUAAAAAUUAAAAUUUUAAAUACAAUACUAUACCCAUUGCCAUCGAGUCGAUUCCAACUCAAGUGACCCUGUAGGACAGAGUAGAACUGCCCCAUAGGAUUUCCAAGGAGCAGCUGGUGGAUUCGAACUGCUGACCUUUUAAUUAGCAGCUGAACAGUUAACCACUGCACCACCAGGGCUCCCUCUGUUUGCAAUAGCAUCAAAGAAGUCUAAUAUCUAGGAAGAAAGUUAACAAAAGAUGUACAAGACCUCUAUCCUGAAAACUACAAAACAUUGCUGAGAGAAAGAACAUUGUAAUAAAAUGGAGGGAUGUACUAUGCUUGUGGCUUAAAAGAGUGCAUAAUUACAAAAUGGCAGUUUUCCACAAAUUGAUCUAUAAAUUCAACAAAAUCAAAACCCUACCAGUCAUAUAGAUUAACAAAUGUAUAUGGAAAUGCAGCAGACCUAGAAUAGUCAGGAUAAUCUUGAAAAAGGAAAAUAAAGUUGGAGAACUUACACUACCCAAUUUCAAGAAUUGCUCUAACGCUAUAGUGAUUAGGAGAAUGUGAUACUAGAGUUCACAUAAAAAGACAUUAACCGUAGAAUAAACUGAUAAUAUUCAUCAAAAUUAAAUAUUUCUCAUCAAAAACAUGACUGUUAAGAAAGUGAAAAGGCAAGCCACAGACUGGGAGAAAAUAUUUGCAAUAUAUAUAACUCUUAAAAACCAUUGCAAAAGCAGCCCAGUAUGAAAAAGAGCGAAAGACUUGAAUACGCACUUCACAAAUACUCAAAUGCCCAAUUGGCAUAGGAAAAGGGAUUCAACAUCAGUCAUCAGGAAAUACAAUGAUAUCACAAGGAACUAUCACUGUAUGGUGUAUAUGGGAGCAACCUGGUGGAAGUGUAAGAUGGUAUAAUCACGUCGGGAAACACUGUACCAGUUUUUUAUAAAGGUAAACGUGCCUUUGACUUGGCAAUUCCACUUCUAGAGAAAAGAGUGUGUAUGUUCACAGUAAUAUUUGUACAAGAAUAUUCACAGCAGCUUUACUUAUAAUACCCCAAAACAGGUAACUACACAAAUAUCAAUCAAGAAGUUAAUGAAUAGUCAAAUAAUCAUAUAUUUAUAGAAUGGAAUAAAUAGUUGCCAUCAAGUUGAUUGCAAUUCAUGGCAACCCCAUUUGUGUUGGAGUAGAAUGGUGCUUCAUAUGGUUUUCAAUGGCUAGUUUUUCAGAGGUAGAUCACCAGGCUUUUUUUCUGAAGAACCUCUGAGUGGACUCCAAUCUCCAGCCUUUCAGUUAGCAACCAAGCACAUUAACCAUUUGUACUAUCAUGGAAUACUACCCUGCAAUUAGAGAAAAGAACAAAUUGCUGAUAAAACAAUAGGAAUAAAUCUAAAAAACAUUGUUGAACAAGGAAAACUAGACACAAAAGAGUAUAUACUGUAUUCUCUAUAUAUUACUUAUAUAGAUAAAAAUAUAUAUUUUCCCAUUAUAGAUCAAGAAUAGGCAAAAUCUAGUAUAGGCAGAUCUGAGUGUAAACUGAUAAGUGGUGUGAGAAAACUUUACAUGGUGAUGGAAAUACUCCAUGUCUCAAUUUAGACAAUGAUAACACUUGGAUAUACCCUAUUUAAAAAUUUUUGUGUUAUAUACUUGUGAUUUAUGCAUUUUAGUAUGUAAAUUAUACCUCAGUAAAGCACUGGGGGAAAAUGGUAAAGGUAUUUACACUUCUGACAUUAGGGUUUUCUAAAAACGUCCUCUACUUCUACAAAACACCCAAAGGCUGAAUAAAUUGCAACAAAUAAACCUUUAAGGGGAAAGCUGAUCUCACAAGGAAACAGGAAAAAUUCCUAUGGGUGAGGAAAGAAAUGAAAAAUUGUAUGUAAAAACCACAGAAGGAGCUAUUAAAUUGAAAGUUGUUCCUCUCCCGGGGGACAAAAAUACAAUAUCCAGAUUUGAGAGAAUGGGAGCUUAGAUCUUGGGCCUGAACAAAGUUGGGAAAUUGAACUGAAAAUCCCUGCAUGAAGUUGAGAUAUUCAAAGGAGUUACACGUACAAGUGAAAGGGUGAGUAAGGAAAAGUCUGCCGCCUUAUAAAAGAAACCAAAGGGGAAUCUUGACUCUGCUCCUUUUCCAGUUAGUAAAUAAUGAUUUCUUAGUUAUCCAGUGCUGCUGUAACAAA